CUACUACUCCGAGGUCAUUAUUUACCGCUGUACAAAUAUCGCAGGGCAAGGGAAUCUUCUCGAACAAAUAGGGGUUGGUUCAAUGCCGAGAUAUCGCAGGGGAUCACACAAAUGUACAACAUGGAUCCCGACCCUUCCUUACAACCUCAACUUCGUAGGCCUCUGCAUGAUCCAGUUCGCCUCGGUCACGACCUGCAUGCCAGCAUACAGAGCUGUAAGAUACGGGGACAAGGACAUCAUGUCAACGAUUCCUUCUCUUACAAUUGCUAUCGAAGCAGCGUUUCUAUGGGCAAUCUCAGGAGGACUUUUCAUCAUCAACAACAAGAUCAGGAACAGGACGCAGGAGAACAAGAUCGCAUUGCCUGGUCUGAGUGUCGCCCUAAUCGGACCUCAGUGUAUAGGGCUACUGAUCGGUAAUCUCAAGCUGACGAGCGAUAUUCGCGAGACGUCCUGCUACAGCGGAGAUUUCUGCUGGGAUGCGAGAAGGGCUUCUGCAUGGGGAUGGGUGUUGCUGUUGCUGGUAGCUCUAUUGCUCCUACUUUGGAUGUCUGUCCUACUCUCAGCACCAUUCAUACGGAUCGGUGGCACGACCAAUCCCAACAGCGACGAUGGUAAUCAAGCUGAACAGCUGUUGGAGGACGAUGACGAAGCUGGAAAAGCAUCCAUUCUGAGCUAGAUCGUGUAUGUUGUUGUAGAGGAUGUUUCGCGCUAUGCUGUUCGGUCUAUCAUGCGCCAGGCACGGUCAUCUUCGGCAAGAGCUCGAUGCGCCAAGAGGCCGAGUCGCUUGAUCUCCCCGAGGACCCGUUGACCAUAU